CCUUCAAAUUAAGUGUUUAGAAAUAGUAUUUUUCCCACUUUGUAGAAGAGGCCUGUAAAUCUGUUGGGGCUCCUAAUGUGGUAUUCUGGGUAUUUAUCUUCCUAUGAAGACUUGGAGUGACUACUAAAGCGAGUGAUACAUGGGGUGUGGCUUUUCCAGGAAAGUGAAAGUUAAAAAAUAAUGCCAAGUCAGCCAGUCUGGCAGAACACGAAGAACAACAUCAGUCAUGGCGUCUGUUUUUUACUCUGAAGACUUGAAUUGUUCUAUUUGUCUGACGAUCUUCACCGAUCCAGUGACUCUUCUCUGUGGACACUCUUUCUGCAGACAAUGCAUUACAGAUAUUUUGAACACACGGCACCAGUGUCCACAGUGUCUGACAGCUGUUGCAGCAGAAGGGACAUUUCUUCCAACCAGCCUUCUAUUGAAAAGCCUGGCUGAGAAGGCCAAAGAAGCCGCGAAGAUGAAGAAACAGCAUGAACCCCAGAAAGCAGAAGUGGCUGAGUUGUGCCCUGAACAUGAAGAAAAACUGAAAUUGUUCUGCGUCACAGAUCAGCAGUUAGCUUGUAUCAUAUGCCGAGAUGGGGAGAAGCACGAAGGGCACAAAUUUAAACCAAUCAAAGAAGCAGCUGUAUCUCUGAGGAAGGAGUUGGAGAAAGGCAUAGAGAACCUUUGUGGAGAUAUACAUGUAACAGUGAGCUUAGCCAAGACACAGAGGGAAGAAAUAACAAAAACCAAAGAGAAGUCUAAGCAGCUGAUGACCCAAAUCUGCAGACAGUUUGAGGAGAUGCACCAGUUUCUGAGAAAGAGAGAAGAUGAGAUCAAGAAAGACCUGAAAGACAAAGAGGAAGAGGCCAUGGAGAAGAUGAGCGAGACAUUGAAUGCUAUGGAAACAGCUUUGUCUGAGAACAGAGAGCUGGAGGGAAAGGUGACAUCAAUUCUGAAAAUCACAGACUAUGAGAGGUUCUUAAAGAGCUGGACUGAGGAAAACAGCAUGAUGACUCCUGAACAUUUAUUCAGGCCCAGAGCAAAUGAGCUCCAAGUGGUUAAUAAUUCUCUCACUUUGGGGCCGUAUGAAAGUCACCUGCAGUUCUUUAUGUGGAAGGAGAUGCUUCAGGUGAUCCAGCCCCGAGCUGAAGAGCUGUCAUUCAAAGGAAACAGCAGAGAUAUAACUGUGUCUGAUGAUGGGCGGAGUUUGUUUUGUACUCCCAAAAGCAACCAACUUCUAUCAGAUCCUUUUGGUAAUCCAUUUAACCAAAGCUCCGCUUUCUUUAGCCCCCCCUUAUUAUCAUUUCACCAACCCAUGCUCAACUCUGUCAUUGGCACAUUCAGUGUCAAUGAGUUCUCUUCAGGGCAACAUUACUGGGAGACAGAGGUUGGUCAAAGAGACUAUUGGGAACUAGGGAUAAAAGAUAAUUUCCUGAAAUACGAUGGACAAAAAUAUUCUACCUGUUGUGCAAAUAUAAUCAGAGAGCUAUCAUUUGCACACAGGCCUCGGAAGAUUGGGAUUUACCUAAACUGCUCAUCCAAGAAGCUGUCCUUCUAUGAUGCAGACAGCAUGACACAUAUUAACACUAUGAGCUCCAGUCUCAUGACCAUACCACUGUCAGCAUAUUUCAACAUUAGAUACAGAGCACCAGAUCCUAACCCUAUGACUGUGUGCUGGUACUGAUAUAUGGAACAAUGGGCCAACAGGACAAAGUCAAGAUAAAUAUGAGAAAUAUCAGUUUUAAUUGGCUUAGUGCCUUAUUUUACAGGUUCCAUAUUUUCUUGCGUCAUAAGAUCUGUUGGCCCGUGCACGGCCCAUUAGAAGGUUCUGAAAGUGUUCUGAAGAGUAAAAGUAAAACUUUUGUCAAUAUAGACACUGUACCUCGUUAGAUCAGUUAGAGUCUCUGGAUUUCAAAUAUUUAGUUCAUUUUGCGCUAAACAUAAGCACAUAAAUUUGAUUGAUUGAAAUCUACCAUCAUCAUGUACAAUCAUCGUGUACCAUCGUGUUCAAUUCCUCCAUUUUUGAUAUUCAUUUAGUCCGUAGGGUUCCCCGUUCAAAAAAUCAAAAGAGUUUCUUCAUAAAAGUAUUCCAGGUUGUGAAUAUCAUCAUGAGAAGUCCUCCACUCGCUUCUCCUCUCUCGCUCUCUCUCUCUCUCUCUCGCUCUCUCUCUCCGUCUGGCUCCAUAUGCGGCUGUGUUAGCAGGUCUGCUAUUGUUUGUUGUUCCCUGUAAAGAUCGGAGCAGAUUUCACUUCUUGGGGGUCGAGGGAAGACAGCAGCGAAACAUUACAAAGUGGGAAAAUGCCACUUUUUUCACAGUUUUUCUGAAUGACUCUCUUGUAGAUAGGCGUCUCCCCUGACCAAUCAGAGCAAAUUAAGGAGGGUGUGCACUUCAGAGCCACGGCUAAUAGGCUGUUUUCACCCCAUCACAGCCUGAGAAGGAGCAGGCUGAGCUGUAUGACACAUACAGUAUUAAUAUAGAACCUAGACCUGGUUUAAUCAAUAAUCAAUAAUCAAAAAAGACAUGAAAAUCUCACUUUAUGGGACCUUUAAACAUUUCCCUUACUAAUUUACAACUUUAUACCUCAUUUCUAGGAGGUUAUAGGAAACAUUUAGCCUAAAGGAAAUCAGCAGGAAAUACAGAGCUAGUAAAGUGUUAUAUUAUAUUUUCAGUGUUUUAAGGAGCAGAAAAUAUAAAAAAAUCUGGCAAUUUAAAAACAAUAAGAACAAUACAAACGAUAUAACGUGGAGGAAUGUGAUAUAUAACCUGCUUUAACCAAAAAGUUGCAUGGAACCAGGGGAACUUAAUCUCAGCUAUUUUAAACACAAUUUUCACACGAGAAACAACAACAUAGGGACGCUGUUCUCUGUAUUCACUCAUUUGUCAGUUUGUUUGCUCUCUCUCUCUCUCUCUCUCUUUCAACAAGAAAUGCCUGACCCUUGUCCCAAUAUCCACACCAGAGUAAUUCCUUGUUUCAAGAAUGAAACUGUGCAAAUAUUAUGGUUGCCCUGGCGUUUGCAUUCGACCAAUCAGCAUCUGUCGAUCCUGCAAACCUUUGCCCUCAAGUUUCUGAACCUUUUAACCAGCACUUCAUUACUUACUUUUAAGUCUACCUUUCUAAUAUUUCACAUGUAACAGCUAAAUUACUUUGAAUUUUGUUCUCUCAGUUUGAAUGAUGUGAUUUUAAAUGUUGACUGUGACUUCAUAGUUUGUGAUUCUGGGAGUUUUACACUGUUGUACUGAAAUGGUUUUAUCUGCUGUCCACAUGAGGUGUUCCAUGUCUCUGUGUCUCCACAGGAGGGUGGUGUUUUCCAGAGUUUGUUAUGUGUCAACAGACCUCUGCUGUAUGAGGCUGGUGUACAGCAAUCAGUCUUUGGCUUUAUUUCAAUGUAUAAAAAAAUAUACUUAAUAAAAGUUUACUGGCUCUA